AAGGGAAGAGAACAAUGGGGAACGGGAGAGGGAAGCCUGGAAGGAGGAGCAGAGGACCGGGAGGGAGAGGAGCGGUGGCACGGGGAAAUGGCGAGCCGGAGGGAAAGGACGUGGCCGGGGUGCGGGAGCUGCAGCUGGCGGGGCCGGGGGCGGGGCCUCAUCUCCAUCUCUAACGGCUGUGAAAUGAGGUUAGCUCCAUUAGAGGCGGUGAGAGUGUAACGAGAUCACACUCAUUAGGGCUGGGCCAUCCCAGUAAUUACCACCACCCCAAACACGCCCGCGCCAGCCGGGCCACCGAGCACAAACAGGCACGCCAGGCACGUGGCAGCACACCCGCACAGGACACCACUUCCCGCUGAACGGGAAGCCCAGGGCCCACGCGGGUGUAACCGAGAGCCUCGCGGAGACCCUUCACUAACCCCGAAGAGGUGCCGGGACAGGGCUACACCCAGGCCCUCAGCCACACACACAAUAAAAAGCAAUAAACAUACACGUACACCCGAACUCGGGGAAUAAGACACGUGGACGCGCAAUUAUCGUUUCCAUUUAUUGAUCACAUGCAAAGUGCCCGUCUCAGUAAUGAUCGUCUCAACGGGCACAACUCCAGGAGGAACUAUUCCCCAUUCUAUUUAUGAAGCAACAAGCUUUAAGCAACCCACCCGAGGACAUUUACAUCAUAGGGAAUAGAACUAGAAUUUGAUUCCAGGUGUCUGACCUUAAAGGCUAUGUUUUAAAAUAAUACCAUACCAUUUUUUCUGAAGUUCAUAUGCUAUUAAGAAUACACAUGUGUAGACUUCCAACUUUCAGAGAGGUUAUCAGAAAUCUGAUACCCACCACAACCCCGCCCCCAGCAGAGAGACAGACAGAGAGAGAGAGAGAGAGAGAGAGAGAGAGAGACACACACACACACACACACGCACACACACACACAGAAUGGCCAGGGCCCGUGCAUAGACUGCAAUGCGAAUAGCGCCCCCUGGAGUCGCACAAAGCAGUGGCCUGUUCUGGCCCAUCUUAACACUAACAACUGGGAGAAGGCCAUCUAACACUUUCAAGCUCAAAGGAGAGCAUGACAGCACAUAUGCUCAAAGCAACACACAUAAGAGCAGAGUAACACACUCAGACUCAAGGAUCUCAUUCAGAAUGCUUACCAGCCAGAGCUCAGAAGCUUACAAAUUAACUUGAGAGCAGAGCACUGGGGUCAGGCUACCUGAGGCCAAUCUCAACUCUAUUUUCCAAGUGUUAGACCUUAAAAAUUACAUAACCCAUCUAACUCUGUUUCUAUGUUUGUAAAAUGGGAAUGAGUAGCUGUAUGUAUUUUAUCAGAUUGUAGUGGAGGAUUAGGUGACGUGAUGCUUCCAGAGGGCUCAGCACAGUGCCUGACACAAGGUAAACAUUUAAAGAUACUAUUAUUAUUAUUAUUAGUUGUUGUUGUUGUUUUAAUAGUAUUUAAACAGAGUCAUUACUAUCACAAGGGUUCAUGCAGAAUGAGAGAACCAGAAGGAUUUAUUUAUAUACACAGCCACUUACAAUGGUAUCCUUCCAAGUAAUUCUAGAAGAAUCGCACGUAAUUCUUUUCAAGCUCAGGGAGAUCAAAGAUCUUCCGCAGAGGUCCCCCAUGCCAGGAUCAGAUAGGAUCCUGAAUCUAAGUUCAAGGGCACAGCUCCCUGUCCCCUGGCUCUGGAGUGCUCAUACAGAAGAAGGGUUCAGAGCUGGCUUUGCGUGGUUAUCUAAGCCUGGGUCUCUCCAGUGCACCUACAAGAUCACACAGCUCCACACUGCUGUCCUAACACUUGUGGCAUCAUUGAGGGAGAUGCACUGGCAAGAGGCUCCCCUCCUCUCCACAACAUCCUCUCCUCCAGCAGCAGACAUACUGCAGCACAUCUCAACAAAGCCACACAAAUGUGGAUAGAUGUUCUCUGGUUGUGGUUUUAAUGCACAGCUUCCCUUUUAGCCCUGUCUACUCCCUCCCACCCCCAUCUUCUUCCUCUCAGCCUCUCCUUUCUCCUCACACCCCACCCAGUUCCCCACCCACCCACCUUAAGCAUCUCGCUUGCUCCAUCCCUCUCACUGGGGACAGGCCACCUGCCCAAUCUGCUGCCAAAACUGGGAGCCCUCAACGAGAUUCAAGAUUCUCCAAGAUUCGGUAUUUACAUGUACAGAUCGAGAUCCAGCUCCCGUUCCUUCCCUCCCUCUCCCUCCCUUCUUCCUCUGUCCUCUUCUCUGCCUUGGCUGUCUUUCUUUACCCUCUAUGAUACUCCUUUUCCUGCCUGUCUCAUUUCCUGCCAUUCUUAUUUUCUCUCUUUAGGACAAAAAUUCUCUUGCACAAAGUAAACACUCCCCAAGUAUUGGGGUGCCAGGGAGAUGUCUAGGAGAGAUAGGUAGAAUUAAAAUGGAGGAAUAGGAGUACCUUUUUUUGUUUUCUUUUUAAAUAUACAAGGUAAGCUUUAGAGACAGAGGAAGUGAUAGUUUUAAUGCAAGGAGAGGCCAUAAUAGUUCUGAUGCAAGUGUGAGCCUGGGCAAAGCUUCCAGUCUCUGGUUUGGGAUAAUGGGAUGUCUCUAAACACAGCAAUCAAGAGGGCCUGGUGAGAAAUGAGGUCUGCUGCUGGGCAGACUAGAUUUAAAUGCUGCCCGCCAAAGAAUCUGCCCUCAGUCGAGAAGGGCAGAGAUGAGAGGAUGAGUCCAGGUCAAGAAGGGGCAAGACAGAAGGAAAGCGUCAGCCUAGCUGCACACACCUCGCUCCCCUCUUGGGGUGGCGAGGGCGGAGAGCCAGAGAGAAGGAAAGAAACUGACCUGAUAGACACCAGUAUGGGCACUUUUCACAUGUUACCUGUACUAGUCUUCACAACAGCUGGGUAAGGACAGCGGUGGCAGCUAUGUGAUCUUGUAGGUGUACUGGAGAGACCCAGGCUCAGAUAACAGCACAAAGCCAGCUGUAAACCCUUGUCCUGUAAGAGCACUUGGGAGUGAGGGCCAGGGAGUUUCCAGGUGAGAAAACAGAGUGGAUAAGUAACUUACCAAGGCUGUACAGCUGGUGAGUGGCGGGGAGCCAGGACUGAACCUGGGUCUAAGUGAAUCCAUAGCCCAUGUUCUUCCACUGCCUUAGAAAAGAAAUCUCACCUGGUUAGAGUUUAUUUGCUGUUGGUACCGACUGGUCCCCCUAAUGUGGGCACACACACUCCAUCUUUCCUGCUUCUCUUCCCCUCCCCUCUGUGGCUGCCUCUUAAAAGCAACAGGUUGAAACCAAAAGGGGAGAAGGGCAGGGCAAAGUUAGUGUGGAAGAGGGCAGGCUGGAGGCAGGGAUUUCAGAGAGAAGAAAGAAAAGGUCCCUAAAAUGGGCUCCAAGGAAAGAGGAUAGAUGGAACAAUUAGAAAAGUGAAAGGCAAAAAUGUCUGGAGGGCUGGGACUUGGAAAUCACUGUACGCAAAUUGUAAGCAAAUGUGCCAGUGCCCUCUGGCCGACUUUGCUGGGGAAGACUUUGCCCUGUCGUUGGGUUUGAAGAAAAGAAAGGAGAGGGGUUUUUGUUUUUUAUUUUAAGGAGGGGAGCUGGGAGGAGAAAGCCAGUCUGUCCCUGCGGGCCUGUCCUCUCCUCGGUGAUGUUCCCUCCAUAACCACUAGGGGGCAGUCGUGUCACUUUUCCACUCCAGCUCUGCCAGAGGUGGGAGGGGGCUCCAGCCCAGGGGAGUCCUGGUCUUGCUGGGGCUCCAGCUCCAGAGGAAGUGCCCCUGGCCAGCUUUGCCUCCAGUUCUACAGGCCCCACGGCCUGGCGCCUCCUCUGUGAGGGGCACAUUCUUCCUUUGCUCAGGCCUCACUUCUUUGGUCCUUCCUUUGCCCUAGCUCCUUUGGCUCCUGUAAUUCUCGGGUUCUGAAGUCUCAGAGUGUUGUCUUUUGCGGUCUCAGAGCCCGCCUUUGCAGCUUUCCACUUCACAUCCAAGCCUUUCUGUCCCUCUCAUAACGUCGUUCUUUGUAGCUCUCUGGGUCCUACUGUCUGUCCUGAAGCCUCCUGGUUCCCUGGCGUCUUCCUGUUCUAAGUACGGUACAUUUCAAGAAGUAGGAAUUCUUGUCCAGCUACUUACAGGGUGCUUUUCUGCCCACCUCCCAUGGAAGAAUAUCUCAGUUCAGGGAUUAUGUUGAUGGGGCAACAAGUCCCUAGCUGAGCUUUGAAAGAAGUAGCACUGCCAUCCUUUCCUUCUCUCCUUGAGGAAUAGCAAGGGACCUGGGUCUGGACAGAGGAAGAGGGCAAUACCCCCCAAAAAUCUCUUCUGUUUCCCCAUAGCUUUCUCUCCAUUUUCCCUUUCGCCUCACGCUGUGAGGGAAGGAAGCAUUAGGGAGGGUGAUGGAAUGAAGGGGCAGCAAGGGAGCUCUGGAGGCUGAGGGCCAUUUUGGAGCUAGAUGAUUCAUCUUAGGGGAUGACUACACCCUCAGAACUCUCCACCCUCCCCUGGCUCCAGGCCUGCCUCCUCCCAUCCCCCUCGGUGGCAGCAGCCUUGUAAUUUAAAGCUCUUUCUGUCGCCUCUAAUGUGAUCCUCUCGUUUUAUUGACUCUCUCUGCCGUCUGUGGCGCCCCUUCACAUCAAUCUCCGCUCUAAUCACACAGCCACCACUGCCUGCUCUGUCUCCCCUAACCCCUCUCCUCGCGGGCCCCCGGCCCUCGCCUCUACCCAGGUCCUUCCUUUUGACUAUCCCCCCACCUCCACCCUACACCCGAUCCGCCCUCUUCCUCCUUCCCUCCUCCACACGCAGGAAUGCCAGGGCCUUUAAGGGCUUGCCUUCUCCCUUUCCCCACGUCUAAGGUGUACCCUGAGGGAGAGGAGAUGCCCUUAAGGAAAGCCUGGAACCACAGGAAGAAUGACAGUGGUCUGAGGGAGAAUAAGACUCUGGGCCUGGUCGUGGUGCGUGGGAACCUGUCUCCAGAAAGAGAUGAAAACUGAGGUCAAGGGUCCUGGCUGUCACGCUGAAAUGAACCCCCAGCUCUCCUCCGUCUGCCAUGGCCACCCUUAACUCGUCCUCUACCGCUGGCACCACCCCCUCCCCUGGGCACAAUGCCCCGUCCCCGCCUCCGGACACCUCCUCCCCCCGCACCCCCUCUGAUCCUGUCACCAAAGAUCCCCCUGCGGCCCCCUCCGCCUCUGAGAGCAUGAGGUCCUCAGAGCCCGGGGGGCAGCCCCUGGAGCCAGGCUGUGGCCUCAUCCCACCAAAGGAGAUAGGGGAGCCCCAAGAGGAGCCUGGCCGUGGUGGCUCCCCGCCAAAGGGCCUGGGGGCGGAAGAGGGGGAGGGAGGAGGAGGGUUCCCUCCUGUGGACCUGAGCGACCACUUAGUCUUCACGGCUGGCGGUGAGGCCUGCCUAGUGGCCAAGCUGUCCCUGCCAGGUGGCAGCGAACUCCUGUUACCAAAGGGCUUCCCCUGGGGUGAGGCAGGCAUCAAGGAAGAGCCCAGCCUGCCCCUCCUUGCCCACCCGCCCCCUGUACACCUCACUGCCCUUCACAUCCAACAUGGCUUUGACCCAAUCCAAGGCUUUAGCUCUUCUGACCAAAUUCUGUCCCACGAUACCUCAGCGCCAUCUCCGGCCACCUGUGAGGGAAGGGAUGGAGCCUUCUGGAGCUACCAGCUGGCUCCAAACCCACCUGGAGAUCCCAAAGAUGGCCCCAUGGGGAGCAGGGGAGGAGACCCCAGGGCACUCUUCUGGCUCUGCCUCCCGUGCCGCCUGGGUUUCGGCAGGCCCCAGGCCUUUGUGGGUCACACACAGUCUCACGGGGUGAAGCUAACCGCUGCUCAACACCAGGGCCUGCCAGGCAACCCAGCCGUGCUCCGGGAGGGGGACGAGGGCUGCGUGGCCCUCCUGAGCUUCCUGGAACCACAGCUGCCUGCUCACGCCCCUUUAGAAAUACCCCUCGACAACAGCAGCGCCGUGAACAUGGAGGCCCACGCGGCUCAGACUGAGGAUGGCCCCGCCGCGGCCGAAGCCCAGGCCCCUGUCCUGCCCGUGGAAGAAGACGUGGCCCUCAGCCCGCCCUCCCCGCUGACAACCCCAGCCGCCUGGAACCCCAGCCCAAGCCAAGCCAAAGAAUCGCCGACGCUGGCAGGCGAGGCAGGGCCAGGUUGGUUCCCCGAGGGGCAAGAGGAGGAUGGAGGGCUCUGCCCCUCGCUCAACCAAAGCUCACCCACCUCCAAGGACGGGGGCGUUCUCCCUGCCCCAGUGGGCUCCCCCGAAGACCCCGGUGACCCGCCCCAGCCCUAUCGCCCAGCCGACGACUACACCCCGGCCCCUGCGGCCUUCCAGGGCCUCAGCCUGUCCAGCCACAUGGCUCUGCUACACUCGCGCAACUCCUGCAAGACGCUCAAGUGUCCCAAGUGCAAUUGGCACUACAAGUACCAGCAGACACUGGAUGUGCACAUGCGGGAGAAGCACCCUGAGAGCAACAGUCACUGCAGCUACUGCAGCGCUGGGGGCGCCCACCCCCGCCUCGCCCGGGGGGAGAGCUACAACUGUGGCUACAAGCCCUACCGCUGCGACGUCUGCAACUACUCCACCACCACCAAGGGCAACCUCAGCAUCCACAUGCAGUCCGACAAGCACCUGGCCAACCUGCAGGGCUUCCAGGCAGGGCCGGUGGGGCAGGGGAGCCCCCAAGAGGCAGUGCUCCCGCCCCCCGCGGGGGACAAGGAGCCCAAGACCAAAGCGUCCUGGCAGUGCAAGGUGUGCAGCUACGAGACCAACAUCUCCCGCAAUCUGCGCAUCCACAUGACCUCCGAGAAGCACAUGCAGAACGUCCUCAUGCUGCACCAGGGGCUGCCGCUGGGGCUGCUGCCGGGGAUGGUGGGGCCAGGCCCCCCUCCCCCAGCAGGAGCUGCCCCUGCCACCUCCCCUGACCUCUUCCAGUACUUCGGACCGCAGGCCCUAGGGCAGCCUCAGGCUCCCUUGCCUGGCCCCGGGCUGAGGCCAGACAAGCCCCUGGAAGCCCAGCUGCUUCUCAAUGGCUUCCACCACCUCGGAGCACCUGCCCGCAAGUUCCCCACAGCUGCCCCCGGCAGCCCCUCCCCGGAUGCCCACCUGCCUCAAAGUCAGCUUCUGGGCCCCUUGUCCGACGGGCUGCCUGCCUCGCCGCCCCCAGAUGACAGCCCAUCCCUGAAGGUGUUCCGAUGCCUCGUGUGCCAGGCCUUCAGCACAGACAGCCUGGAGCUGCUGCUCUACCACUGCAGCGUGGGCCGGAGCCUCCCGGAGGCCGAGUGGAAGGAGGUAGCUGGUGACACCCACCGCUGCAAGCUCUGCUGCUAUGGCACCCAGCUCAAGGCCAACUUCCAGCUCCACCUCAAGACCGACAAACAUGCUCAGAAGUACCAGCUGGCGGCCCACCUGAGGGAGGGGGGCGGGGCCGUGGGCACCCCCUCCCCAAUGCCCCUGGGAGAUGGGGCUCCUUAUGGGUCUGUCCCCACCCUGCACCUGCGCUGCAACAUCUGUGACUUUGAGUCCAACAGCAAGGAGAAGAUGCAGCUGCACGCCCGGGGUGCGGCCCACGAAGAGAACAUCCAGAUCUAUAAGUUUCUGCUGGAGAUGGAGGGGGCAGCAGCGGGGACGGAGCUGGGGCUGUUCCGCUGCCUGCUGUGCGCCUGGGAGACGCCCUCCCGCCUGGCUGUGCUGCAGCACCUGCGCGCCCCUGCCCACCGCGAUGCCCAGGCCCAGCGGCGCCUGCAGCUGCUACAGAGCGGCCCCGCAGCCGACGAGGGGCUCUCAGCUCUUCAGAGCAUCCUCAGCUUCAGCCACGGGCAGCUCCGGCCUCCCGGGAAGGCUCCUGUCACCCCCUUAGCUGAGCCACCCACCCCUGAGAAAGAGGCCCAGAAUAAGACAGAACAAUUGGCUUCUGAAGAGGCAGAGAACAAGACUGGCCCUCCUGGAGACAGUGCCGGCCAGACCACGGUGUUCUGCUGUCCAUACUGCAGUUUCCUGAGCCCAGAGUCCGAGCAGGUGAGGGCGCACGCGCUCUCCCAGCACGCAGUGCAGCCCAAGUACCGGUGCCCUCUGUGCCAGGAGCAGCUGGUGGGCCGGCCUGCCCUGCACUUCCACCUCAGCCACCUGCACAACGUGGUGCCCGAGUGCGUUGAGAGGCUGCUGCUCGCGGCCACAACUGUAGAGAUGACCUUGACGACCAAAGUGCUGCCUAGGCCCACUCUAAGCCCUCUGGGGGACGGCCCAGAGCCCCCCGCUCCCGGGCCAGAGUCUGUGCCCAGCAGAGACCAAGCAGCAGAAGGCCCUCACCUGACCCUGGAAGCCAGUCCCGAGCCUCUUCCUGAGCCUCCCCUGCCCUCAGCCGAGGCCCCAGACAAGCCCAUGGGAAGCCCUGACCAGCCCCCUUCUCCAGCCCCGUCUCCAGCCCCUCGGCCCGAUGCCCAAGCUGACGAGGUAGCUCCUCCACCCGCCACGGCUGAGGAGGAAGAGGGGGCUGGCGGGGAGCCCCGCCUGGCAGAGCCAGCUCUGGCUGACUCUCGCCACCCUCUGACCUAUCGGAAGACCACCAACUUUGCCCUGGACAAGUUUCUCGACCCUGCCCGGCCCUACAAGUGCACUGUGUGUAAGGAGUCCUUCACGCAGAAGAACAUCCUCCUGGUCCAUUAUAACUCGGUCUCCCACCUGCACAAGAUGAAGAAGGCUGCCAUUGACCCCUCCGGGCCUGCCCGCGGGGAAGCCGGGGCCGCGCCCACCCCCGCCGCUGCCACAGACAAGCCCUUUAAGUGCACGGUCUGCCGCGUCUCGUACAACCAGAGCUCCACCCUGGAGAUCCACAUGCGCUCCGUCCUGCACCAGACUCGCUCGAGGGGAGCCAAGACGGAUGCCAAGGCCGAGGGGCCAGAGCGCGGCCCAGAAGAGCCCAAGGAAGGCGAGACUGAGGGGGAGGUGGGCACUGAGAAGAAGGGCCCUGACCCUGGUGGCUUCGUGUCUGGUGGACUGCCCUUCCUGUCCCCUCCCCCACCUCCCCUGGACCUGCACCGAUUCCCAGCCCCACUCUUCGCCCCACCAGUCCUGCCCUCCUUCCCUCUGGUGCCCGAGUCCCUGCUUAAGCUCCAGCAGCAGCAGCUGCUCCUGCCCUUCUACCUCCAUGACCUCAAGGUAGGGCCCAAACUGGCACUGGCUGGGCCCGCGCCCCUGCUGUCCCUGCCGGCCGCCACCCCUCCUCCCCCGCCCCCUAAGGCCGAGCUGGCUGAGCGAGAGUGGGAGCGGCCACCGGCGGCAGAAGAGGGGAACGAGACGGCGCCCAGCUCACCCCCCCAGCCAACACCCAACGAGGCAGCCCGCACUGCAGCCAAAGCCCUUCUAGAAAACUUUGGCUUUGAGCUGGUGAUCCAGUACAAUGAGGGGAAGCAGGCUGUGCCCCCUCCCCCAACCCCACCCCCACCCGAGGCCCUGGGGGGUGGGGACAAGCUGGCCUGCGGGGCUUGUGGGAAACUCUUCUCCAACAUGCUCAUCCUCAAGACACACGAGGAGCACGUGCACCGCCGCUUUCUGCCCUUUGAGGCCCUGAGCCGAUAUGCCGCUCAGUUUCGAAAGAGCUAUGAUAGCCUCUACCCACCCCCGGCAGGGUCCCCCAAACCUCCCGAUGGGCCUCUGGAUUCACCUGCUCCCCACCUGGGCCCAGAGCCCGAGGCAGGGGGGGCCCGCCCCCCUGAGGAGCGAGGCCGGGCAGCAGGACGCUGGCCCCCAGAGGAGGAGGAAAGCUCCAGAGGGAAUCUUCCUCCCCUGGUGCCUGCAGGCCGCCGCUUCUCCAGAACCAAGUUCACAGAGUUCCAGACCCAAGCCCUGCAGUCUUUCUUUGAGACCAGCGCCUACCCCAAGGACGGAGAGGUGGAGCGGCUCGCGAGUCUCUUGGGCCUGGCUAGCCGUGUGGUGGUGGUGUGGUUCCAGAACGCCCGCCAGAAGGCUCGCAGAAGCGCCGGCGACGGUGGGCCUGUGCCCAGCGGGGGAGGCACUGGGGGAGCCUCCGGCUGCCGGCGCUGCCGCGCCACCUUCUCCUGUGUGUUUGACUUGGUGCGGCACCUCAAGAAAUGCUAUGACGACCAGCAUCCGGAAGAGGAGGAAGAGGCAGAGAGAGGGGAAGAGGAGGAAGACGCAGAGGAGGAACAGGGCCCAGAACCCCCAGCCGGGCCUGAGGGCCCAUCACCAGAACCUCCAGACAGGGAAGAGCUGGGCCAAGCAGAGGCCACAAAGCCAGGAGGCAAAGAGCCUGAAGGGAGGGCCCCUCCCUCGCCCUCCCCCGUCCACGCCUGUGACCAGUGCGCCAUGUCUUUCCCCAGCCAGGACCUCCUGACCAGUCACCGCCGGCUCCACUUCCUGCCACCUGUGCAGCCCAGCACUGCCCCCCACCUCCUAGAGCUGCCCUUGCUGGUGUUCGGGGAGCGAAACCCUCCGGUGCCAGGCACUCCACCAGUGCCAGGGCCACCCCUCAAACGGAAGCACGAGGACGGUAGCCUGUCACCCACGGGCAGCGAAGCAGGGGUGGGUGGGGAGGGUGAGCCCCCCAGGGAUAAGCGCCUGCGCACCACCAUCCUGCCCGAGCAGCUGGAGAUCCUGUACCGCUGGUACAUGCAGGACUCCAACCCGACGCGCAAGAUGCUCGACUGCAUCUCCGAGGAGGUGGGGCUCAAGAAGCGAGUGGUGCAGGUCUGGUUCCAGAACACCAGGGCCCGGGAGAGGAAGGGCCAGUUCCGAAGCACCCCCGGGGCAGUGCCCAGUCCGGCAGUCAAGGUCCCCAUCACACCCAGCCCCGCACCCUUCCCCAAGUUCAACCACUUGCUGGGCAAGGUGGAUGAUGGGGCUGGGAGGGAGGCCCCAAAGAGGGAAACACCCGCUUUUCCCUACCCCACGGUCACCCCUGCUGCUGGGCCUCUGCCUUUCCUGCCACCUGGGAAAGAGGCCCCCACUCUGACACCAGAGCCACCUCUACCUCUCCCACCGCCCCCUCCACCCAAUGAGGAUGAGGGCCCAGAGGAACCGUCUAAAGCUUCUCCAGAGAGUGAGGCUUGCAGUCCAUCUGCAGGGGACUUAAGUGAUUCGUCAGCUUCCAGCCUGGCUGAACCAGAGUCCCCUGGGACUGGAGGGACCAAUGGGGGCCCAGGAGGUGGGGCUGGGGUCCCAGACGGAAUGGGGCAGCGGCGCUACAGGACCCAGAUGAGCAGUCUGCAGCUAAAGAUCAUGAAAGCCUGCUAUGAAGCCUACCGUACCCCUACCAUGCAGGAGUGUGAGGUGCUGGGGGAGGAGAUUGGGCUGCCCAAGAGAGUCAUCCAGGUCUGGUUCCAGAAUGCUCGUGCCAAGGAGAAGAAGGCCAAGCUGCAGGGGGCAGCAGUCGGUGGGGCUGGGGGCAGCAGUGAGGGCCCCUCGGGAGCCCAGCGCACCGACUGCCCCUACUGUGACGUCAAGUAUGACUUCUAUGUCUCCUGCCGAGGCCACCUCUUUUCCCGCCAGCACCUGGCCAAGCUCAAGGAGGCAGUCCGAGCCCAGCUGAAGAGUGAAAGCAAGUGCUACGACUUGGCCCCAGCACCCGAGGCACCCCCCGCUCCCAAGGCUCCACCUGCCACCACACCCGCCUCUGUGCCCCUCGGGGCUGCCCCGGCUCUGCCUCGCCUGGCCCCGGUCCUCUUGUCCGGCCCAGCUCUGGCCCAGCCCCCGCUGGGCAGCUUAGCUCCUUUCAGCGCAGGCCCUGCAGCCUCCUCAGGCCUCCUUGGCCUCGCCACUUCGGUCCUGCCUGCUACCACAGUGGUCCAGACUGCUGGCCCAGGCUGCCCCUUACCUCAGAGACCUAUGCCCGACCACACCAACACCUCCACAGUAGGCACCACUGACCCUGCCCCAGGCCCGCCUACUGAACCCUCUGGGGACAAGGUUUCCGGUGAGCGAAAGCCAGCUGCAGCCCCCGCCAACUCCUCUACCGAUGCCCUCAAGAACCUCAAAGCAUUGAAGGCCACUGUCCCAGCCCUGUUGGGGGGCCAGUUCCUGCCCUUCCCGUUGCCCUCUGCAGGGGGGGCCACGCCGCCAGCUGUCUUUGGCCCCCAGUUACAGGGGGCCUACUUCCAACAGCUCUAUGGCAUGAAGAAGGGACUGUUUCCCAUGAACCCCGUGAUACCUCAGACCCUCAUCGGACUGCUCCCCAACGCCCUCCUCCAGCCACCGCCCCAGGGCCCCGAGCCCAUAGCCACAGCGCCUCCGAAGCCGCCUGAACUGCCCGCUCCGGGGGAGGGGGAGGCCGGGGAGGCCGAUGAGCUGCUGACAGGCAGCACGGGCAUCUCCACCGUGGACGUGACCCACCGCUACCUUUGCCGCCAGUGCAAGAUGGCAUUUGACGGGGAGGCCCUGGCCACUGCUCACCAGAGAUCCUUCUGCUUCUUUGGGCGGGGCUCUGGGGGUUCCAUGCCCCCCCCACUGCGGGUGCCCAUCUGCACCUACCACUGCCUGGCAUGUGAGGUGCUGCUGAGUGGGCGAGAAGCCCUGGCCUCGCACCUGCGCUCCUCGGCCCACAGGCGCAAGGCGGCCCCGCCCCCAGGGGGCCCACCUGGCGCCGCCACCAACGCCGCCACUGCCGCCACGGCUGCUGUGGCUUUUGCCAAAGAGGAAGCAAGAUUACCUCACACGGACUCCAACCCAAAAACUACUACUACCUCUACACUCCUAGCUUUAUAAAGAGAUAAACCAAGACACGGGGGCAGGGAGGGCCCCGGGGCUCCUCUUACCCCAAGGGGUGUCUGGUGGGAGCUCAAAUCCCUAACCCUACCCUUGGCCCUGCCCACCCCCCCGGGAAUCUCUCAGUUCCCACCCUCAGUGGGCUUCACACACCCCACCUCCAGCAGAGUCCUGCCUCCUCCUCCACCCCCAGACACACCGAUCCUUCACAAAUCCUUGCCCCUUGGUCUUCACGGCCAGCACAUCCAUCUUGCCAUCUCGAUUAUUCAUUCACAUCCACCCUGCCCACCAGACACAAAAUCUAUCCUUGGUUUCAUCUUCCUACAGCCUCUUUCCUACUGAAUUCCCAGUCACCCUUCCAACUCCUAUAAACACACAAAUAUGUUAUCCCAUGCUGUUCCACUGGCUGAGAAAACACCAAAAAAAAAAAAAAAGAAGAAGAAGAAGAAGAAGAAGAAAGGAAAAAGAAAA